GUGUUGGUGGCUUAGGGUCAUGUCGGAUUGUGACGGAGUUUCUUGGGGAGGAAGAGGGUCCACCAGGAAAAGACACAGAUGGUCCACUUCCUCAUGCGCACGUCAACACAGAGAAGCAGCUGCAGUAUUUCACUCUGAGGCUCGAGAGUCCACGCACUAGUCUUGGACUACCAAAAGACUGGUUAGAGAAGUACGGAAAACAGCUAGACCGACUGCGGGCAGCUGUGUCUAGUAUUGCGAAUAAGCACAAGAAAACAGCUCGUCCUGGGGCUUCAUCCUUAGAUGACGGCCAGGGACCAGCACAGGGUACGCAAACGCAUACAAAUGCGUCGGCAGGAGCUGCUUUUAUACGGGCAGAACCAGAUGAGGGACCACCAAGAGACACAGCACACACAUCUACAGGUAGUGAAGAUCGAGAACUCAGACUCAUCCAGAAUCAAGAAGAGCCACCCUUGACGGACACUGAAAUUGCCCGUUUGCGACUCUUUAGACCCGUUUUAGAAAUGUUUCUCCGAAAACAACACGACAACAACCACCUGGAUGCUGAUAUGCGUGGCAAGUUGUUUCACUACCUAGUCGAGCGUGGAGACUUGGGCCCCAUUUUGUUGCGUCAUAGUGGCGGGACCAAUUUUCG